AUGAAUGAAUUAUAUUAAAAUAAAUGUUAUUUGCGAAUACUCAGUGAAUUUAGGGAGCUUAAAUUGCCUCCAAGAGUUACAAAUUUAAAAAAGGAUAGCCAGCAAACUAAUUAAAUAAAAGAAUUAUUAGGCAAACCUACAAAUCAUCGUAAAAUGUUGAGUGAACAUUUUCCAAAAGUACCAAAACUUAAAAUAGAAUACAAUUAUAACAAAAAUAAUACACCUAGGUUCCGUAUCAUCAAGAACCUCUCUCCAACAAACACUACCAAAACUUCUAGACCUACUACUCAUCGAACCGUAAGAGGCUAUCUUACUUAAACAAAACAAGGAAAGUUUAACACUUUGCCAUAAACUCAACUAUUUCAAAAGACCAUUGAAGAAACUCCCUAAUUGGAAAUCUCUUCUGCCCAAAAACCUCCUGCUUUGUAAUCUCCAAAAGAAACAGUAAUAUCAGAAUUUCAAUCUCCUCGUAUAAUGUAACACUUUGAUUUCGAUCAUUAAUUUGUGAAAGCUAAGAUUGAACCACCAAAGCGAACAAAAAAACAAUUGAGAAUGAUACUUUUGAGAGCAAUAAACAAAUUGAAGGCCAUGAAUAUUGAUCCACAAUAUAUGAUCGAAAACAAAGUCUUCUCUAAAAAGCCUUAUUAACGAAAAAUGUCAAAUGAAUUUAUUCAUGCAGUAAAGCUGAAUCAAAUGGACAGAGUCAAUGAAUUGCUAGAAUAUAAUAGAUAUCUUGUAUUUGAUUUCGAUUUCUAUAACAUGACUGCUUUGCAUUGGGCAUGUAAGAAGGGCUUGGUCGAGAUGGUUGAAUUACUAAUAAAGAAUCAUGCAGAUGUAGACGCAGCUGACAUUUUGCAUAGAACCCCUCUUUACUUAGCAAUAGAGGGAAAUCAUCUUAUUAUUGUAGAAACUCUAUUAAAAAACAAAGCAUACCCUUGGUCUACCUACUAUACAGAUUUGGCUGAAGUGGUUCAGGACAAUAGAAAGGUCUAAAAGCUCCUCACUUUGGUCAGAAGAAUUGACAUCAUUAAUACUUGGGGUGACAAGAAAGUGGAAGAGGAUUGUAUUUGA